CGCACGCACACAACAACACCAACUUCAUAAGACAUGAAACAUUCGUGUCUAAUUCACGUCAGUGUACAGACACGAGGAUCUUCUCUCGUUUAAUUGAGUCUCUUAAAUAUUGCAUUUCCUCAAUAUACUAACUACAUAAGGUAAGAAUACGUUUGAAAUGGUGUCGUACAAGCGGCUUACCCCAGAAGAGGUUCAUUUCUCAGGAGCAGCUUUAUUAGAUCACUCUCCUGAUGAUUCAGCAGACAUAGAAGUGAAGGAAUUAGACCCAGAACUGCCCCUGCUGCCCCAGAGCCCUCAAUGCUCCAUCACUGCUGCCCUGUUGACACUCGGAGGACUUAUUCUAGUGCUCUCUGGUGUCUGGCUACUGGGAACUAUAUUCUGGUUACAUAAUCCUCCUUCCACAGAACCUCAUAGACCUUUACCGCCCGCUGCAGCUCCAAGCACAGACAUAGUUCAGGGAAAUGGGUCAUGGCUGCAGCCAGAGUCCUGCUCUAAAGUUCUGGAAGGUUGGAGGUUUGACUGCUAUCCAGAGAGAAGUGUGGUGGUUACAGAAGAGAUGUGUCAUGCACGAAACUGCUGCUUCAUAGCAGGAUCAGAGGGUAAGAAACCAGGACGGAAUGGAGUGCCAUGGUGUUUCUACACACCUGACUAUCCGUCCUAUGAGUUGGUAUCUAUUAGUGACAGUGAGAUGGGGAAGGUGGGAAAACUGCUUAGGAACAAAAAGACGUACUACCCUAAAGACAUUGACGUUUUGCAACUUGAAGUGCUGUAUGAGGAAGACAACAGACUGCGUGUGAAGAUAACAGAUCCGGCUCAGAAGAGGUAUGAGGUGCCCAUAGAUGUUCCUGUGGUUCAGAAAAGAGCAGCAAACCCGUCUUACACUGUAGACUUUAUCAAAGAACCAUUCGGGCUGAUUGUCAUGAGAACGCAGACAGGGACUGUACUGCUGAACACUUCCAUAGCUCCUCUAUUCUAUGCGGAUCAGUUCCUUCAGAUGUCCACAUUGUUACCAUCAAGUUUCAUUUAUGGUUUGGGAGAACAUCGCUCCAGCUUUCUGCAUGACAUCCAGUGGAACACUCUCACAAUGUGGGCUCGAGAUGUCCCACCAAUGGAGCUGACCAACCUCUAUGGUGUCCAUCCCUUUUAUCUCUCUCUGGAAUCGGAUGGAACAGCACAUGGGUUUUUCAUGCUCAACAGCAAUGCAAUGGAUGUGGCUCUGCAGCCCACCCCUGCACUCACCUGGCGUAUGAUUGGUGGAAUUCUAGACUUCUACGUUUUCCUGGGACCAGAUCCCAGCUCUGUGAUUGGUCAAUACCUGGAUGUCAUAGGUAAACCUGCAAUGCCCAUCUACUGGGCUCUGGGAUACCACCUCUGCCGAUGGGGCUACAAGUCAAGCAACAAAACAUGGGAUGUUGUGAGAGAAAUGAGGAAUUAUGGGAUACCUCAGGAUGUACAGUGGAAUGAUAUCGACUACAUGGAUCAUGCUUUAGACUUCACUUAUGAGCCUGCAAAUUUUUCCACUCUACCUGACCUUGUAAAAGACCUUCAUAGACAUGAUCAACACUAUGUCAUGAUUCUGGAUCCUGGUAUUAGUAGCUCUCAGCCAUCUGGCUCCUAUUGGCCAUUUGAUGAAGGGGUGAAGAGGGGCACUUUCAUCAAUGACUCAAAUGGAGACUUACUCAUUGGGAAGGUCUGGCCAGGACUCACAGCCUUUCCAGAUUUCUCCAAUCCAGACACGCACGAGUGGUGGUACCAGAAUCUGCAGAGGUUCCACAGCAAAGUGCCUUUCGAUGGCGUGUGGAUUGAUAUGAAUGAGCCAUCUAAUUUCUUUGAUGGAUCAUUGAAUGGUUGUCCAGAGAAUGAACUGGAAAAUCCUCCUUACACCCCAGGUAUUCUGGGUGGAACAUUAAAGGCCAAAACUAUAUGUGCAUCUGCACAACAGAAAAUGUCCUCUCACUACAACAUACACAGUCUUUAUGGACUAAUGGAGGCCAAAGCCACAGAAAGUGCUUUGAGGAAGAUAACUGGGAAGCGUCCCUUCGUCAUUUCCCGCUCUACAUUUCCCAGUCAGGGCAGGUACUCUGGACACUGGCUCGGAGAUAACAGGAGCCAAUGGAAAGAUUUGGGCACAUCUAUAUCAGGUAUGCUGACCUUUAACAUCCUGGGGAUUCCUCUGAUUGGGGCAGACAUCUGUGGUUUUGGGGGCAGCACCACAGAAGAACUGUGCAUCCGCUGGACUCAGCUAGGAGCUUUCUACCCCUUUACUAGAAAUCACAACUCCAAAGAUGAAAAGGAUCAGGAACCAACUGCAUUCAGUCCUGCCGGACGUACAGCGAUGAAAGAAGUCAUCCUCCUCCGUUAUUCCCUUUUUCCUCAUCUCUACACACUCUUCCAUCAUGCACACAUCAGUGGACACACUGUUGCAACGCCACUGCUCUUUCAGUUCCCUACUGAUAGGAAGACCUAUGGCAUAGAUAAACAGUUCCUAUGGGGAAAGAGUUUGCUGGUCUCACCAGUUUUGGAGUCAGGCGUGGAAUAUGUUGUGGGCUAUUUCCCUAAAGGUCUCUGGUACGAUUUCUACACGGGCGACUCAUUGGUCAGCAGAGGGGAAGAGAUCAAACUUCACGCUCCACUAGACAAAAUCAACCUGCAUCUCCGAGAGGGUUCCAUCAUACCUACACAGAGACCUAACACUACUCUAUGGGUGAGCAGUGGUCAGCCCCUUCAUCUAAUUGUGUCUCUUAAUGUGGAGGGUCUGGCUGAGGGGGAUCUGUAUUGGGAUGAUGGAGAGACCCUUGACUCCUACGAGACUGACCAAUAUGCAUACAUAUGUUUCAAAGUAGAACAGAACACAAUGAGGUCAGAGGUGCUGCAUAAUCAUGAAGAGGCCACUUACAUCACCAUGGAAACUGUUUCCUUUUAUGGAGUGAAGGUGGAACCAGAAAAUGUAACCGUGAAUUCCCAUGAGGCAGCGUUCACUUACCAAAACAAUCAGGUGCUGAGGGUAACAGAUUUGGGUCUAAACCUCAGUCAAAACUUCACUAUCAGCUGGAUGUAAAUUUGUAAAUGAUCAAAAUGCUGUUUCAAAGCUGCAGAAACGUGUUGUACAUCAACGCAACAUCUCAACGGACUUUAUUCAAGUACAAAGACAGUGUUGGUUCUUGUUCUAGACUGGAAUCACGAAUAUUGCAGAACAUCCCUUUGUUGUAUAUCUCAUGUGCACUUUAAGUGUACUAUGUAUUAUUGGACCAGCCGUAGUCAGUUGCACUCAGAGGAAGCAAGAAUAAAGGAAAGAAUUCAGUGUGUUUUGAUUAAAUAUGGUUUGAUCAUUUGAAUGGAUAGAUAUUUUUAAAUCUGCAUUUAUAUUAAUGCCUUUUGCUGCUCAUAUUGUUUUUAGAGCAGGACAUUUCUUCUAUCAAUUUUAGUGGUGAAUUGUAAAAAUUUUUAAUCAGAUUUGGUUUGGUUUGUACCUAUAACUAUAUAAAUUCAGGCUUAAUUUGAAUAUUUUACAAGAGACGUUUUUUUGUUUUUUUUGCGCUGCACUUGACCAUCAGUAAUCAUUAUCCUCCAGUGGAUUUACAGAUCAACUGUCUUUCAAGUUUAAACAUGAUCCUGCUGAAGUAAGGUUUCAAAGUAUUCCAAAUUAUGUUUAUUGAAAUUACUUUUAAAUCACAUAUGUCUAUAUUUUGUUUACAAGCAUAAUUGCACUGAUCAGGACAUACUGAUGAGACGGUGUGCAACAGAAAUGCAUGUUUGAGCUUUGGUAUGUAUCCAUUUAAUUAUUUACAUGUGCUGACAGACUGACAAUGAAUGUGAUCCAGUACCUUUAGCCAGGCAGAAUAAUAUUUUGUUCUGAUAAAUUAUUGGAAGUUUGUUUUAAUGCUCAAAGGGACUCAUUGUAAAAGUUUCACACUGCUGACAUAAUGCAAAACCAUGAAAAUAUUAUGGAUAUUCAAAUGACACCGUAUACUAUUCAUCAAGGCGUAAAGAGGCAUGUAUAUGCAGUAUUUUGUCAUUUGUGUUUGUGCUAUUGAUAUUACAGCUCAUAGCAUAACAUUGUGCCUUAUAUUUCAUCAAAGCUGUGAUUCAACAUUUAGUGGCUUUACUGUGAAUGUAGAAAAGUCCUCUGUCUAAAAACACUGGGCUGCUUUAAAAGUUUUAUCAAAAUAAAAUGAGUAACUGGAAUGAAUUUAAAGGCAAUGACAUGUCUAAGUUCAAUUGUGUAGACAUAUGCUCCUAAAACGUAGGUUAAACGAUAUGUCUGAGUGUGUUAGUGUGUUUAAGGCUUCCUUUCUUUAAGCCUGAACAAACUAGUGUACAGAGUUUCAGAGGACACACAGGGUAGGUGCAAUAAACAUUUGAAG